CCCCCUCCAUCUUCCACCACUACCAACUUCUUCCUACAACUUUCAACUACAACCAACCCUUAACCAACCAUGGCUGCCUCUACAAUGGCUCUCUCUUCUCCAUCUUUCGCCGGAAAGGCGAUAAAACUCUCUCCUUCCACCCCAGACCUCGUUGGCAGAGGAAGGAUCAGCAUGAGGAAGACUGGUGGCAAGCCCGUCCGAUCCGGUAGCCCAUGGUACGGCCCAGACCGAGUCUUGUAUUUGGGCCCACUCUCUGGUGACCCCCCAUCCUACCUUACUGGAGAAUUCCCUGGUGACUACGGUUGGGACACUGCUGGGCUUUCAGCUGACCCAGAAACAUUUUCCAAGAACCGUGAGCUCGAGGUGAUCCAUUGCAGAUGGGCCAUGCUCGGCGCUCUUGGGUGUGUCUUCCCCGAGCUUUUGGCCCGCAAUGGUGUCAAGUUCGGUGAGGCUGUAUGGUUCAAAGCCGGGGCCCAAAUCUUCAGUGAGGGUGGGCUUGACUACUUGGGCAACCCUAGCUUGAUCCAUGCUCAAAGCAUUUUGGCCAUUUGGGCUUGCCAAGUUAUCUUGAUGGGCGCCGUGGAGGGCUACCGUAUUGCAGGUGGGCCGCUCGGUGAGGUGACCGACCCACUCUACCCGGGUGGAAGCUUCGACCCAUUGGGCCUUGCCGAUGACCCAGAGGCCUUUGCUGAGCUCAAGGUGAAGGAGAUCAAGAAUGGUAGACUUGCCAUGUUUUCCAUGUUUGGAUUCUUUGUUCAAGCCAUUGUGACUGGAAAGGGACCAUUGGAGAACCUUGCUGACCACCUUGCUGAUCCAGUGAACAACAAUGCCUGGGCUUAUGCCACUAACUUUGUUCCCGGAAAGUGAGUGAAAAUUUAAUUUAAUUUUUUUAAAAAAAAACAAAGGCAAUUUCGGUACCAUGUGAAUGUGAAUUUGAGAAUGUAUGAUGUAAAUUGAUUUGCAUUAAUGGAGAAAAUGGAAAUUCUGUGUUCAAUUGA